CUUUCCAGUUUACGUAAUGGAGCUUAUCUAUACGGCUCUCACAUUAGAGCAUAAGCUAUUCGUAUUCUAUCCUUCCUAUGCUACACUAUUUGCAAGAGUCUGUUAUUUAAAUACAGUGCAGUGUCACUAAAAUCCUUCCGUUGAAUAUUCCUUUAUAAAUAUUGUGGGACCCAUGGUGAAUAUUUCCUAGAGGAAAGCAGAAAACAUGGGUAGAGACGAUCCUGAUUUUCUUAAUACCUUCAAAAAUGCUUUCAGGAAGGCAGACAUCUUGAUCAAUGGUACACGCCCGUGGGAUUUUAAAGUAAUAAAUCCUGCUAUUUUUAAGCGCGUGAUUCAAGAUGGUUCCUUGGGUCUGGGUGAGGGCUACAUGGAUGGAUGGUGGGAGUGCCAAUCCCUCGAUGGUUUCUUCCAUCGGGUUUUGAAGCACAACUUAGACGAUGCUGUUCAACCCAAAAACAUGCGUGACGUCAUUCGAUGUGUGUCAAUGCAGAUGGUUGAUUCCCAGGCGGAAAUUCUAAAUGACUACGCGCCCUUCAGGUUAAGCGACAUCAUCAAAAUCAUAUAUGUAAAAUUCUUUAAUCUGCAGACGAAAACUCUGGCGUGGAAAGUGAACGAGGUGCACUACAAUCUCGGGAACGACCUCUUCGUCCGGAUGCUGGGUCCGCACAUGCAGUACUCGUGCGGUUAUUGGCGGAACGCGACGACCUUCGAGGAGUCCGAGGAGAACAAGAUUCGUCUCAUCUGCGAGAAGCUCCACCUGAAACCGGGGAUGCGCGUCCUGGACGUCGGCUGCGGUUUCGGGGGGUUGGCCGCCUUCAUGGCCCGCAAUUACGACGUCAGCGUCACCGGGGUCACCCUCUCCAGGGAACAGGAGAGAUUCGCCCGGGAGCACUGCAAGGGCCUCGACGUGAGCAUCCUCCUCAAGGACUACCGGGAUCUGGAGGGACAGUUCGACCGCGUCGUCUCCGUCGAGAUGAUCGAGCACGUGGGCCCCAAGAACUACGCCAACUUCUUCGACGUCGUCGACCGCUGCCUCGGCCCGGACGGGAUCUUCGUCUUGCACGUCAUCUCGUCCAACAAAACCGUCGAGCGACACGACGACUGGUUCGACAAGUACCUCUUCCCCAACGGGUGUUUCCCGUCGCUCAAGCAAAUCGCCGAGGCCAGCGAACCCUUCUUCGUGGUGGAGGACUUGCACAACAUGGGUGCCGACUUCGACAAAACUAUGAUGGCAUGGUACGAGCGCUUCGUCGACGCUUGGCCGCAGCUGUCGCAAAAUCACAACGAGCGUUUCAAGCGUAUGUUCACGUUUUAUCUUAAUUGCGCUGCUGGUGCGUUUCGCGCCAGACGACUUCAACUUUGGCAUAUUGUCUUCAGUCGUGGUAGAGUGGGUGGAUUGUGCGUUCCUCGUUGAUGGAUUGCCUUAGAAUUUACAAAGCUCUUUUUCAGUAAAUACAAUAAACAUUUCAAUGAUAUUGGCAUCCACCAUCCACUGUUGAUUAUUUUGAAUAAGUGUAUGUACAGUGGUGGCGCGUGUAUGAAAUAUAAUAAAUAAGAAAUGGAUGCAUCUACGAUUGAUUGCAUACACAAUUCCAACGAUGAUUUAAAUCCAAGGACAGAAUGUUUUAAAUUUUGAAAAUGAUCCCUUCAGUAUUUGUGAAUAUUUUAUAUUGUAAUUAAGAAAAUUGUUGAAUAAAUAAGAAGUUUAGUCACUUGCUCAAAA